GGUCGCUUCGGGCCAAUGGCAGGCGGAAGGCGGAGUGAGUGACGCCGUCAAAGCUCGGGAGCACAGUCGAGCGGCGCAAACGUCGAGCGCGCAGCCAGCACGGACGGACGCCGUCGCUACAGCCUGCCAUGAAGAACAACGCACGCUAACGAAGGAGUCCGCUUUUUGUUCGCGUGUGCGUUUUGGGAAUAUCUUAUUUUGGGGGCUUCGGGGGGAGGAGAGUAGAGGAGAGGAGAGGAGAGGAGAGCGCGCGGUGCGUAAAAGGCGCGCGCCCGCGCUGCAGCCUCGUCGCUCUCGUCGCUCGGCGAAUUCCGGGUCCGAGGAGCCAUGUUGAAGAUGAGCGAGGAGCACGACAAGUGCGAGCGGGCGUGCAGCCCCGCGGGCACCGGCAGCUCGGCGUCCCAGGACGAGUCCGACUCGGACGCGCCGUCGUCGCCCGCCGGCUCCGACGGCCGCGCCGCGUCUCUGCUGGCCGGCUUGAGCAAGAAGUUGGACUCGGAGGACGACGAGCGCUUCCCGGCGUGCAUCCGGGACGCCGUGUCGCAGGUGCUCAAGGGCUACGACUGGUCCCUGGUGCCCGUGCCGGUGCGAGGCGGCGGCUCCCUCAAGAGCAAGCCGCACGUCAAGCGGCCCAUGAACGCCUUCAUGGUUUGGGCUCAGGCCGCGCGUCGCAAGCUGGCCGACCAGUACCCGCACCUGCACAACGCCGAGCUCAGCAAGACGCUCGGCAAACUGUGGCGUUUGCUGUCCGAGAGCGAAAAGAGGCCGUUUGUGGAUGAGGCCGAGCGGCUGCGGGUUCAGCACAAGAAGGACCACCCGGACUACAAGUACCAACCCAGGCGGCGGAAGAACGUCAAGCCGGGCCACAGCGACUCGGACUCUGGUGCCGAGCUCGCCCAGCAGCAGCAGCAGCAGCAGCAGCCUCAUCAUCACAUGUACAAAGCGGAGCCGGGGAUGGCUGGACUCGGCGGGAUGGGCGACGGGCACCGCCAUCCCGAACAUCCAGGCCAGCCCCACGGUCCGCCGACACCGCCCACCACCCCGAAAACUGAGGCGCAGCACGGCGCCAAGCAGGACCCCAAGCAGCAGGGGCGCCGCCCGGCCGACGGCGGCAGGCAGAACAUCGACUUCAGCAACGUGGACAUCUCGGAGCUGAGCACGGACGUCAUCAGCAACAUGGAGGCCUUCGACGUGCACGAGUUCGACCAGUACCUCCCCUUGAACGGCCACGGCGCCGCUCCGUCCUCCUCCGCCGCCGCCGCCUUGUCCUCGGAGCAGGGCUGUUACGCUUACGGCGGCUCGGCGUGGAACCGCAAGAGCGCGGCGGCGGCGGCGGCCCCCGAGGUGUCCCAGCACCGCCUCCAGAUCAAAACGGAGCAGCUGAGCCCGAGCCACUACAGCCAGCACUCCCCCUCGCACCCCGACUACGGCGCCUACAACGGCCAGGCCUGCGUGGCCCCCUCGCCGGCCCCUUUCCCCGCCUCGCAGUGCGACUACAACGACCUGCAGAGCUCCGGCUACUACGCCCCGUACUCGGGCUACCCGUCCGGCCUCUACCAGUACCCGUACUUCCACUCGCCCCGGCGGCCCUACGGCAGCCCCAUCCUCAACGGCCUGACCGUGGCGCCCGCUCACAGCCCCCCCGCCUCCGGCUGGGAACAGCCCGUCUACACCACGCUGACCCGACCGUAACGGGCGGCGGGGAUGCGUCACGGUCAAGCGCGACAAGCAAAAAAAAA